AUGUUGCGAGAGUUUAUGGACAUAUUCGCUUGGUCCUAUCAAGACAUGCCUGGGCUCGACACGUAUAUUGUGGUACAUAGGCUACCUUUGAAAGAAGAGUGCCCACCUGUUAAGCAGAAGCUUCGAAGGACGUAUCUAGAUAUUUCUAAAAAGAUCAAAGAUGAAGUGCAAAAGCAAUUUGAUGCAGGUUUUCUGGCAUGUACUUCUUAUCCCCCGUGGGUAGCUAACAUUGUUCUUGUGCCUAAGAAAGACGACAAGGUACGAAUGUGUGUUGAUUUCUAUGAUUUGAAUAGAGCAAGUUCUAAGGAUGAUUUCCCGCCCCCUCACAUUGAUGUAUUGGUCGAUAACACUGUGCAAUUCUCGGUAUUUUCUUUCAUGGACGGUUUCUCCGGUUAUAACCAGAUUACUAUGUCCCUAGAAGACAUGGAGAAGACUAUGUUUAUCAAAAUUUGGGGAACCUUUUGUUACAAAGUUAUGCCUUUUGGUUUGAAGAACGCAGAGGCAACUUACCAGCGUGUAAUGGUAACCCUAUUUCAUGACAUGAUCCAUAAAGAGAUUGAGUGCUACGUGGAUGAUAUGAUUGCGAAAUCCCAUACAGAGGAGGAACAUUUAAUCAAUUUGCGGAAAUUGUUUGAAAGAUUGAGGAAGUUCAGGCUAAGGCUAAAUCCAAACAAAUGUACUUUCGGGGUAAGAUCUGGUAAAUUACUUGGCUUUCUGAUUGGUGAAAGAGGAAUUGGGGUUGAUCAUACAAAACUAAAAGCGAUUCGAGAGAUGCAUGAGCCAAGAACCAAAAAAGAAGUACAUGGUUUCUUCGGAAGGUUGAACUAUAUUGCUAGAUUUAUCUCCAAUCUAACAGCUGCAUGUGAACCAAUGUUAAAGUUGUUGAGAAUGGAUCAGGCAGUAGUAUGGAACAAUAAUUAUCAAAGAGAAUUCGAAAGAAUAAAAGAGUACUUGCAGGAACCUCCAGUUCUCAUGCCUCUAGUAGAGGGUAGACCCUUAAUCAUGUAUCUCACUGUCCUCGACGAGUUAAUGGGGUGUAUGGACCAAAUCAAGUAUAUUUUUGAGAAGCCUGCUCUCACAGGGAGGGUUGCCUGUUGGAAAAUAAUUUUAACAGAAUAUGAUAUCCAGUAUAUGACUCAUCAAUCUGUGGAAGAUUACCAACCGAUGAAGUUAGAGUUUCCUGAUGAAGAUGUGUUGUUUCUCAAAGAAUAUUACAACCGACCAGACCCAGAUGAAGGCCUAGAACCAGGAUCGCGAUGGACGCUCAUGUUCGACGGUGCUUCAAAUGCUUUAGGAAGCAGUGUGGGAGCUCUCAUUACUUCUCCCAUAAAUUUUCAUAUUCCUUUCACUGCCAAAAUUUGUUUUGAUUGCACUAAUAACAUGGUUGAAUAUGAAGCUUGCAUCUAUGGGAUUGAAGUUGCUAUUGAUUUGAGAAUCAAGUAUCUUGAAGUAUUUGGGGAUUCUGCUCUAGUCAUUAGCCAAAUCAAUGGAGAUUGGGAGACUCGUCGCCUAAAUUUGAUUCCAUACCGAGAGCACGUGAUGAAGUUGAUUCCAUACUUUGAGGAGAUCACGUUCGACCAUAUUUCAAGAGAAGAGAAUCCUUUAGCAGGCAUAUUGGCCACUAUGGCAUCUAUGUUCAAAGUCAAAUGGGCAAAUGAGGCCCCCUCCAUUAACAUUAUGAGAUUGGAUGAGCCAGCUUUUUGCUAUGCUAAUGAUGAAGCUCAGGAUGAUAAACCCUGGUUUUAUGAUAUCAAGAGAUACCUUGAGAAACAGGAAUACCCGAAGGAUGCAUCUAUCCCUGACAAGAAGACAUUAAGGAAGCUGUCCGCCAGGUUUUUCUUAAGUGGUGAUAUGUUGUAUAAGAGGAAUCAUGAUUCUGUCCUGCUCAGAUGCAUGGAUAGAUACGAAGCAAACAAAAUUAUUGAGGAAAUCCACGAGGGUUUGUUUGGAACACACUCUAGUGGUCAUGCCAUGUCGAAAAAGAUUAUGAGAGCGGGUUAUUAUUGGAUGACUAUGGAAAUUGACUGCCACCUUCAUGCCAGGUCAUGUCAGAAAUGCCAAAUUUACACCGAUAAAGUGCAUGUUCCUCCUGUGCCUUUGAAUGUUUUGACUUCUCCAUGGCCAUUCACAAUGUGGGGUAUUGAUAUGAUCGGGCGCAUUGAGCCCACCGCUUCAAAUGGACACCGCUUCAUCCUAGUGGAUAUUGACUAA